CUAGCAAGCAAUGCGAGCUUCUGCAAGGUACAUCUCCCCCGCUCAUCCAACUCUUCAUUUUGCACACCCGACCCUUGAAUCCUUCAUAUGGAACACCCUCAUACGAGGCAAUGCUCAGGCUACAGCUCGACCCACGUUCCCCACAAUCUCCAUCUACAUUCGUAUGCGCUUCCAUGGCGUUUCACCUGAUUUCCAUACUUUCCCUUUCCUCCUACAAUCAUUCAAUUCCUCAUUUCACCUUCUCUCAGGUAAACAAAUCCAUGCCCAAACUAUCCUCUUCGGCCUUGUCCAAGACCCAUUUGUCCAAACGUCACUCAUCAACAUGUACUCAUCUUGUGGCGACUUAAUUGUUUCCCGUCAAGCUUUUGACGAGCUCACCCAACCUGAUGUAGCGUCUUGGAAUUCAAUUAUUCAUGCCUAUGUUAGAGUGGGGUUGAUCGAUUUAGCACGGGGUUUAUUCGAUAAAAUGCCGGAAAGAAAUGUGAGAUCUUGGAGUAGCUUGAUAAAUGGGUUUGUUAGGUGUGGGAAAUAUAAGGAAGCGCUUGCUUUGUUCCGUGAAAUGCAAAUGUUGGCAGUUAACGAUGUUAGGCCAAAUGAAUUUACAAUGUCUGCUGUACUUUCUGCUUGUGGGCGUUUGGGUGCUCUGGAUCAUGGGAAAUGGGCUCAUGCUUAUAUUGACAAAUGUGGGAUAAAAAUUGAUGUUGUCUUGGGAACUUCUUUGAUAGACAUGUAUGGAAAAUGUGGGAGUAUUGAAAAGGCGAGGGAUGUGUUUCGUAAUUUAGGUCCUGACAAAGAUGUGAUGGCUUGGAGUGCUAUGAUUUCUGGCCUGGCUAUGCAUGGCCAUGGUGAGGAAUGCCUUCAAUUGUUUUCGGAGAUGAUAAAACGACAGGUGAGGCCGAAUGCUGUUACAUUUUUGGGUGUACUUUGUGCUUGUGUACAUGGAGGUUUGGUGAGUGACGGAAAGGAGUAUUUUAGGACGAUGAGCAAGGAGUUUGGUAUCAUUCCUUCGGUACAGCACUUCGGUGCCAUGGUUGACCUUUAUGGAAGAGCUGGUCUCAUUGAUGAAGCAUGGAAUGUGGUUAAAUCUAUGCCUAUGGAGCCUGAUGUGCUCGUAUGGGGGUCCCUGUUGAGUGGAUCCAGGAUGUGUGGGAACAUUGAAACAUGCGAGGUUGCACUCAGGAAGUUAAUUGAGUUGGAUCCCACAAAUAGUGGUGCAUAUGUGCUUCUUUCAAAUGUGUAUGCAAAGACGGGCAGAUGGACAGAAGUAAGGCGUGUGAGAGAUGUCAUGGAGGGUAGGGGGAUUAAGAAGGUUCCUGGAUGUAGUUUGGUUGAGAUGGGAGGUGUCCUCCAUGAGUUUUUUGUGGGAGAUGAUUCUCUUCCAGAAAGCAGAGAGAUAUACAUGAUGCUUGAUGAGAUUAUGAAGAGAUUGAAGAUGGAGGGUUAUGUGGGAAACACAAAGGAAGUUUUGCUUGAUUUGGAUGAGGAUGGAAAGGAGUUGGCACUAUCCCUUCAUAGUGAAAAGAUAGCUAUUGCCUUUUGCUUCUUAAAGACAAGUCCAGGCAAUUACUUCGUCUGGCACAAAAGUUAGCAUGAGGAAACCCUGGAGGCUUGAGGACUGAAAUUUUGCAUUCGACUUCCUCAUGGCGCACGAAUGUUAUGGAUAUGAAAUCUAUAGGCUUAUGCAAGAAGGUAAGUCCGAUCAUAUUUUCAUCCUUGUAUAAUUUUUG